ACUUGAGUAUUCCUACUAUACUAUACAAAUGAGAUCAUGAAGACACGAAGAGCUUCGUGUGUAGCUUGCCUGCACCGAAAAGUCGGCAGGUCCCGCUUUCCGUUUGCUGGCCUGGCAGGCGCGCCUUCCCAGACAAACGCCGCUUCUUUCGACCUGAACACCACAAUCCACUCUCUCACUCUCAACAUCGCAACGCCAGGAGCUCGUUUCCAUGGCAAUUGAUAACCCGGCAAGGCUUGUGGACGUCUCGGCGGCGCUUGCAGCGCUCGAGCCGCUCGGUGCUCAUCAAUAUUGCAUUGCCUUCGGUCCUGGCUCCAUGCAGUUCUGUGCCACUCCCAAUGGCUACUCGACCAUUCACUUGCCGCGCAAAGUCUUCAGGGAUUUGCUCGCGGGUCAGAUCAAAAAGGUGCUCCAUGCAUCUUUUGGCAACAAUGCCAACUCGUACUUCUUCACAUACGAGAUGCAAGAUGGUACUAUCGCCCAUCGAGCUGGAAGCGGCAUCCCAGCUGGUUCGAGGUGCUUCCCUGAUCGCAUCUCUUCUGCUUCGAAAGAACGCGCCUCGUCUUUACACGUUCAGCUUGGUGCGAACAGAUCCUACGUUGCCUGGUCCGGUUCGCUCUGGGUUUGCCAUGGAAUUUCUGGAGGCUUACGAGCUGUCCGUCAUCAUUCGAGUUCCAUCGACAUCGACGAUGCCAAUGGCUCCGAAGGCGUGCUGCUGUCGGGCACUAUUGACAACAUGGCUUGGCACAACGAUAGCAGUUGGUACUUCAAGAACGGAAACGCGUAUGCGGAGCUUCGCACGGGUAGCGGCGCGGAAGUUUUAAGGGAAGCUUGGCAUAACUUGAUACCUGAGAACCUAGCUUACGUCGCAAUCAAUCCGCAUUCACUCACGGGCGGAACCUUCGCGUUCUUUGAGAAGGCCCAAGACGGCUGCGAACCAAAUUUCGUUCUCCGGUUCGAACCAGAGGACGUGGUGUCCCGAUUACCCUCAAGAUCGAAUCCACCUUCAAUUCAUUCCCAGGUCAUCAAUGUCCCAAAGAACUCGGAGGGACUACAGGUGUUCCAGUGGGCAGCUAGCAAAUACACCGGACGUUCGCACGCGAGAGAUGCUUGGGAACUCGAAUUGAAGAAGGGCGAGCAAAUGAUACCACACGUCGACCCGCGAGAGGCAUACGUGCGAUCCACGGUCGACAUUGAGAAGAUGCUCAAGGCGGGCAACAUUCGCACCUUCCCGGAUCUAACUCGAUACAUGAAUGCAUGUACCAAAGACGCAUGUAGCCCUCAAAAGGCAGACCCUCAUCACCUUGGUAUAUGCUCCCACGAUCUCUACAAACUCAUGCAAGGAUCUGGCGACUACUGUCUGGAUACGCUGAAGAUGGAGCGCAACAAGUGGCAUCCAGACAGGUUCGCUCGCUAUUGCCAUUCAGAUGACCGCGAAACUCUCAGGGAGAAAGCGCAGGCACUCUUCGUCUUGUUUGGUGUCCUGAUGGAAAAGACUCCGGCGCCCGAGCCAGUUGCGUAGGGAGGCUGCUCAAACGUCGGAAACACUUUACAUGGUUUCGGCCCAAGUACAAUGGACUUAUCUGACUGAACAAGGCGUGCAUCAAGUACCGUUCGGAUGUCAUGUUUGAGAUAGGGAUUAGAGGCCGUCGGGAUGGACGUCCCCGCGAAUUCGGGGACUAGUUGGUAUCGGAGGCACUAAACUGCAUCUAGAAAAUCAUCGAAUUGGCCACCACCCAGAUGCACGGCCAGUGAAAAAACCCUUCAAAGGUCAAUUGCAUCCCUUG